AUGCGCUACGAGGAACCUCGACGUCUGUGGGCCAACACGCUUGGAAUGGGCGCUUGCUGGGCGGCAGGCUAUUGCAUGGAGGGCUGGGGGACGAGGGCGACCGCCUUGCUUCUGUUUCAUGGUCAGUCCGAGCGAUGCAGCGAUGAAGUCGUGAGCAGGGUCGCUUGUGUUCUUGAUGCGAGGUUGGUGGAGGAGAAAGUGUGGCAAUAUCUUGCAGUAUGGGGCUUGAUGGGCAUUAGGCCAGCUCUCGGCGCAAGGUGGAGCCCUUGGGCUGACCUAGUUAUUUUGAAAGGGCUGUUACAACCUCUAUAAAAAAAAGGUGAGUUAAGGAAUGUACCUAAAAUCACUGGUUUUAACUAGGUGGCGGCCCGGAGGGCCGUCUGUGGUGGAUGUACCAGCAUACUGUUGUGUCUGCCGCACCCGCCUGUGGUGUUCAUGUUCCGAUCAGAAGUCAUGUACAAGCUCUGUGGCGACCUUUGUAUUUUUCGCGCCGUUCGAACGAAGCCACAGCACUCCCAGUAUUUUCCUUCACUUUUUCGGUGACAUAA